AUGCAAUACUCAAUGAUCACCCUCGGCGCGUUCGCCGUCACUGUCGUCGCACAGCAGCUCGCCGAACUUCCAUCCUGCGGACAAACAUGUAUCAGCAACAUGCUCGCUCUCUCGCCAUCUCUUGGAUGUGCUACACCAGACGCCGCAUGCCUCUGUGCCAACCCAAACUUCUCGUACGGUGUUCGUGACUGCUCCGUCGCUGCUUGCGGUAGCGCUGAAGCUGCCGCCCCCGUUCUCGCCUACGCUGCAAGCUACUGUGCCAAUGCUGGUUCAGCUUCAUCUGCUGGAACCACAACUGCAUCUCCAUCCGCAACCUCUGGAGCUGCCGGAGCUGCCUCAUCCGCCCUCGGAUCUGCUAUCUCAACCUCUGCCCUUGAAUCCAUCAUCUCUUCUGGAGGAUCUGCCAUCUCAACUGCUACUGUUGGUCAAUCGACCAUCUUUGCACCAGUUGGAUCUGCUGCCUCUAGUGCAACUGAAGCCGCCGGAAGUGCGAUCUCUACCAUCUCAUCUGAUGGUGCCGCAAUCUCAACUGUUCUUGCUGGCGCUGCUGGAUCUGCAAGUUCCGCCGCCGGAAGUGCGAUUUCUACCAUCUCCUCUGAUGGAGCUGCAGUCUCGACUGUUCUCGCUGGUGCUGCAGGAUCUGCCGGCUCGGCUGCAUCUGCUGCCGUCUCUACCAUCUCUUCAGACGGAGCUGCAGUUUCUACUGUCUUCUCAUCCGUUGCCGCCUCAGCCACCGAAGCCGCUGGCAGUGCGAUCUCCACAAUCUCUUCCAAUGGCGCUGCAGUCUCCACAGUCCUUGCUGGUGCUGGAUCUACCGUCGCAUCCGGCGCCAGCUCUGUUGCAUCCGAUGCUAGCUCUGUCCUCUCUGCAGCUUCUUCUGCUAUCUCCAGCGUUGCCUCAAGUGCCGCUUCCGGUCUCAGCAGUGUCGUCUCAAGAGCCAGCAGUGCCGGAUCUGCUGCCACUUCAACCACAUCUGCUGGAGGUGCUGCUCGUCAAACCGCAUUCGCUGGUGCCGCUGCCCUCGCCGGUAUCGCCGCUUUCGUCUUGUAA